GCUCUGGGCCUGGCGGGCUCCUGGAUACCGGAGGCUGGGGGGCGGGGUUCACCCCUUGCCCUUGGGGUCCCCCGGGCUCCGCCAAUCAGCGAGCGCCCUGUUGGCCGUCCGCAGCCUGCUGCGCCCCUCCCUCUCCCGCCGGCCUCCGCGUCCCAAAAUCCAAGAUGGCGGGAUCCAGGCGUAGGGGUCCCCAGGCCAGAGCGCGGCCGUUUUUCUGCGCCCUGCUGCUGUCGCUCAGUCGCCUCAUCGGGGGCGACGGCGUGGGAGGAGACCCCGGCGCCGUGGGCACCCCGGCCGCGCAGCCACAUCGCCGUUUCGAGUACAAAUACAGCUUCAAGGGGCCGCACCUGGUGCAGAGCGACGGGACCGUGCCCUUCUGGGCCCACGCGGGGAAUGCUAUUCCAAGUUCAGAUCAAAUUCGAGUAGCACCGUCUUUAAAAAGCCAAAGAGGGUCAGUGUGGACAAAGGCAAAGGCGGCCUUUGAGAACUGGGAAGUUGAGGUGACAUUUCGAGUGACUGGAAGAGGUCGAAUUGGAGCUGAUGGCCUGGCAAUUUGGUAUACAGAAAAUCAAGGCUUGGAGGGCCCUGUGUUUGGAUCAGCUGAUAUGUGGAAUGGUGUUGGAAUAUUUUUUGAUUCUUUUGACAAUGAUGGAAAGAAAAAUAAUCCUGCUAUAGUAAUUAUAGGCAACAAUGGACAAAUCCAUUAUGACCAUCAAAAUGAUGGUGCUAAUCAGGCUUUAGCGAGUUGCCAGAGGGACUUUCGUAAUAAACCCUAUCCUGUCCGGGCAAAGAUUAUCUAUUACCAGAAAACAUUGACAGUAAUGAUCAAUAAUGGCUUUACACCAGACAAAAAUGAUUAUGAAUUGUGCACCAAAGUGGAAAACAUGAUUAUCCCUGCACAAGGACAUUUUGGAAUAUCUGCUGCAACUGGAGGUCUUGCAGAUGACCAUGAUGUCCUUUCUUUUCUGACUUUCCAGUUGACUGAACCUGGAAAAGAGCCGCCUACACCAGAUAAAGAAAUUUCGGAAAAAGAAAAAGAAAAGUAUCAGGAGGAAUUUGAGCACUUUCAACAAGAAUUGGACAGAAAAAAAGAGGAAUUCCAGAAGGGCCACCCUGACCUCCAAGGGCAACCUGCGGAUGAAAUAUUUGAGAGUAUAGGAGAUCGUGAGCUAAGACAAGUCUUUGAAGGACAGAAUCGUAUUCAUCUUGAAAUCAAGCAGCUGAACCGGCAGUUAGAUAUGAUUCUUGACGAACAGAGAAGAUAUGUCUCUUCCUUGACAGAGGAGAUCUCUAAGAGAGGAGCAGGAACCCCCGGGCAGCAUGGGCAGAUCACUCAGCAAGAACUGGACACUGUUGUGAAAACUCAGCAUGAGAUUCUGAGACAAGUAAAUGAAAUGAAGAAUUCCAUGAGUGAAACUGUCCGACUGGUCAGUGGAAUACAGCAUCCUGGCGCUGCCGGGGGCUAUGAGACAACGCAGCACUUCAUUGACAUCAAAGAGCACCUGCACAUAGUAAAGAGGGACAUAGAUAACUUCAUGCAGCGAAAUAUGGACUCAGCAAGAAGCAGCUGCCAAAAAAUUCUUUUGACCACCAUUUGCACGAGUGUGCACCAUAGACAUCGUCAUCACAGAAUUUACUCUUAUUCCAUGAAAAAAAAUUUAUACCUUCAGAAGAAUGUUUAAAUUGUAGACCAUGAAACUUGGGAAAUCCUCUUGAGAUAAAAGGCUGCCAAAUCCAGUGUUAUAAAGUCCAUGGUCACUUGUGCCUGAACAUUAAAGGAACACCAGAUCUAUGCAGGAUACAUUUUUCAGGCUAAAAUUCAAGGGGAAUCAUUCUGACCAUUCCUAAUACAAGUGGAGACGGCUAUUAUAAAAGAGCAUGAGCAUGAAUCUUUUUCUUUUUUACUUAGGAAUUUAAUUUGCUUGAAAAUUGCCCAGUAAAGCAGUUCACACAGAAUGUUUAUUGUAUUAUUUGAAGUUUGGUUUGUUUUCCUCAAUAUCAUUGACUUUUCAGUAGCUCAUUUCUGAACAAAAAUGUUUGUUCUGUGGAAAAAAUCAGUCACUGCCAGGAUUCCUUCAUUUCUCUACUGUUUUGUAUAAUUGGAUCUGUUCACUUCUUUCACACCAGCAAGUAUUUUACAGGUGCCUUGGAUUCAAACAAAAUUGAUUUUAAAAUUUUAAUGUAAGUCAAUGUGUUUAUGAUGCCACUUUCAAAAAGAAAAUGCAAUUACAUAAUGGCUAAUACCCUUAUUUAAUGUGCCUAUUUGUGUUCUGAUUGUUUGAAUGUGUUUUUCAGCUUGAAACUUUACCAUGAAGUCGAUAACAAUAAACAAUGUUUUGUUGUGUAUUAAA